GGGAAGGAACGGUACCACAGCCCCCACCAUUCCCCAUUAUUACUUGCGAGAAAUAUUCCGCCCGGAUGGAGUCGUCGGAUCCGAAAGCCAUUAGGAGAGCGAUUUGGUCUGGCUCCAUUCCCUGCAAAAUCCUACUGGACCCUGGAGAGUCCCGAGUGUUUGACGCUUCGGACCCAUACUAUGUAUGCCCUUCCCCCGCCGUCCAAUGCACAAGCUUACUCACCUAUCUAUAACGGUAGGUAAUAAUACCGCGGAUCGCAUACCUACCCUUCUUCGCAGAGCGGAUAUGCAACUUCUUCAGACCGUUCGUGAUAGACCCCGAGGUCGCAAAGCCCGAGUCCGCAUGGUUUGAGUUUGAGAGUGUUCCCAUGAAAUGGUUGGUUAAGCCCUUUGCCCAAUGCUCCCUUACCACCCUGGCUUACUAGGUGGAUGCGGGUUUUAAGGCACUGGCCUGUUGGUCUUCUGUAUGACCUGUUUACCGGACGUGAUCCGGCUGCUAAUAAUGUUGAAGAGGACGACGAGCACUUGCUCCCCUGGACAUUAAUAGUUCACUUCCGGGACUAUCCUGCAAAGCAUUUGAUGCGAUUGGAGGGUCCGGCGACGUGUCAUGAUUCCUGGAUGAAUACGGUUAAGGAGGUUGGUCCAGCUCCGCUCGCUCACUCAUCAAUUGGGUGGAUUACUGAGUCGCGGUGCCAAUAGGCAGACCACGUCCGGAAUGGAAGUGCCAAGGCGGUCAUGAGUUUAUCGAAAGCGGAAUCCACGAAGCUCUGGGAUUCAUUACAGUCACGUUGGUCCCCUCCGGUGGAAUAUUGGAGGACGUAUUAUUCUGAUAGAGAUUAAAUCAGAUGACUUCGAUCAAUUCUGGAGCGUCAACGACAAAUUGGUCUCGGUGCAGGCCCGUAAUAUCCCCCUAAGGUUAUAUGUUCCUUCUGCACCACGGGUGGUGCAGCAACCGGUACCUCCAAAUCUACCAUCUGGUUUGUUAACCCAUCUCCUGCCCUUCUAUUUUCUACUCCGUUCCCGGCACCUAGGAGCCGGUGGUUUAUGGAUACCACUAACUCGGAUAUCUGCCACCACAGAAGAGCCCCAAACAGUCGGUACAGCAUUACGCACACUUCUUCCCGAACUUUUCCCCAGCCAAAGAGUGGCAGUCCUCGCAAGACCUGUAGUCCACGGAGUUGUCGUGGCAAUGAAUACCCCGUUAUUAGAAUUGAUGCGAGAGGCAAUCUAUCCGGACGGUUUUUUACAUAUAUCCUUGGCCAUGAUGUCCUAGGAUUUAAUCAGCAUGCAACUGCAUCGGUAGAUAGGGUACCGAUGCAUCUACUUGUAGUGAUUUUUGUUCUGAAGGGUCGGGCGUUUCUGGAGUUUUUAAAGGUGGGGCCUACUAGCAAGUUGAGGGGAAACGAAAAUAGUAAUUGCAUCAUUCUGUUGUGAAUUUUA